AUGGCUGAAAAUCGUCUUCCUCGAGGAGAUGACUUAGCUCAACAAGAAAAUAAUGGCUUUGGACCACUUUUCAAGUGUCGUGGGAAAACUGCUACUGUCACUUCAGCUAUUAUGGUUGUGAUAAGUGGCGCGACGCUAUUCUUCGCGGUGAAAGAUAAAGAGAAGGAGUUUCAUUUCCUGGUGUUUACAGCUGCCCUGCUUACCCUCAGUUUUGUUUUCGGUGAAUUAUUUCGAAGGUUGUCCCUGUUGUCUGAGGAGUUCAAACACAAACGCACGAGAUAUCAAGGAAAGUUGAAGGGUAUUUUUAAGACCACUUUCACCUUCGAUUAUGGCAAGUGUAUUUUAGUCGCUGCUAUCGCUUCCGCUCUCAUAUUAUGUUAUCAGUUAUAUGAACAAUACGAAGUUUUCUCUCGCCCAGAAUUCGCCAUUUUGUUUUUUCUGAACUGUUUCGUGACUCCGCAGUUGUUGUACCUUGUGGGUCUCCGACAGCUCUCUCCUGUGGAAACAUCGGAUUUAAACGAAAAAGAAAACAAGAAUGUGGCUGAUGGGCUGGCUUGGAGCUACUACUUUGGUUAUCUGAAGCUGGUACUGCCAAAACUGAAAGAUCAGAUUGGCAGAUCGGAGCUUUUUCGUUAUGAAAUAACAAGGAAAAAGCUUUUCAUUUUACUUCCCAAAACGUGCUUCACUUGUGCUGACAUCAAAGACGCAGACCCAAGGGUAAAAUGGGUCGGUAAUCUCCCAGAGCUUAAAAUUAGUAGGGGUGGAAUUAAGGAAAGAAUUUACAAGCAUUCGGUACAUAAGAUAGAAAUGCCCCGUUCUGAUGGAACAGUAGAAAGGUACCACUUUAUCUUGGAGUAUGCUACACCUCUGAUGUCCCUUUAUGAUAUGUCUGAGCAUGCAGACGCCUCCUUUAAUCGUGAGGAGCGGGAUCAUCAGGUAGGCUAGUUUCUAGUAUUUUCUCUUUGAUUUUCAAAGUGGAAGAGAAUCCUGAUCUAAUUACCACAAGCAAUAUUGUGGCUGAUCCCUGGGUAAUUGGGUCAAUUUCUGUUGUGUAUAUGCCACUGGCCUCUUAGAACCCACCCUCCCCCAACCCAUUAUAAUCUAUUCUGUGGUCAUUUGUAGAUCCCAUCUAAGGUGCUUUUAAGUGAAUGUUACUUUCACUAUCCCAACUUAGUCACUUUCUGUUUUAUGUAUCUGCCUUAGAAAGCCUUUUAAGUAGCUCAUCUUAAAAUGAAUUGACUCAUUUAACCAUGAAUCUUCCCAAUUGGCCAUACAUUGUCUCACCCCAAAAUCUGGAAGAGUGCAACCCCAUUGUUGGAACUGCAUUGAAAUUGCAAACCCAUUAUUAAAUAGUAAAUCCAGCAGUGAAAAUGCAAGCCAUCCAGUAGCACAUCCCCAUUAGCCUUUUAUUAGGAAGUACCCCCCUCCCCCCCUUAGGACUGGUCCUCACAAAUAGGAUUUGUUUGAGGUGGGAUGCACAUCUAACUGGAACUUCUCUUCAUUUUUACUUAUAGGUGGUGUUAUUCAUCCAAAAAUUGAGGGAAAUUCUGGAGAACUCCGAAGAGUGCAGAGGGACUUAUGAAUUAGUGCCAAUUUCAGGAAAUGAUCCAAAUGAGAUCUCAAAUGUCCUGAUUGGGAUGCAUAAUGCUGCCAACAUUGAGAUGCACAAUCCAGAAGCUAAUGGAGUGCACAGACCAGAACAAGAACAGCUCUAAACAAAAUAAUGCUAAUGCGGUGUAGCAAGAAACUCAGUCUGUAAUGUAGGAAUGAGGAGCCUUUGAAGGGGCAAAGAUGUUGAUUACAAAUCUUUAUCUAAAUCUUGUGGCUUAUACUUUUAUUUCACCCAUACUAGAUACCACUUGAUGUUGGUUAAGGAGAUUAGCAUUGUUUUUUAGAGAGGGUAGCAAAGGGACAGUCCUCAUCUUGCAGAUUUAUGUUGAUUGUGUUCUGAAAACAUUCAAAGGCACAGCCUUUAAUUUGUGUAAGUGGAGAAGGCUAUAGCCUAAUUUAUUUUGCCCUUCCUUAUAGCCAAGCAGAUUACAUAAUUUGUAGUGAGCCCUCAGUGGGAUAGUAACGUAAACAUGAACAGAGAUUUAUAAAACAGGCUGAAUAGUUUAGUUUUUCUCAGUUUUCAUUUUUCUUUGCUUUGCUCAGUGAAAUACUUAAAUUGAUGAUUGUUGUGCUCUUAUUCUGUAAACAUAUUAAUUAUCCCUUUACACCUCUAUAUCAGUAUGCAUAUUCUUCCUACUAUUCUCAAUUGCAAAUUUCCUUACAAGGAGAAUUUGUGUUUCAAUCACAGCUUUUUAGUUUGGCAUUUAUUUUCUUUAUUUCCACAGUCUUUAUAAUAAAUAUUUCAGCAAUAUUACUUUAAGGAAAAAUUUGAUACUUGUCACUCUAAGGAUUAAAAGGGUUAAAAAUAAAACAUGACACAAAGC